CGCCCAAGUACCUCAAUCCCCACCAUUACACAAUUCCCUACUAAGCACAUUUGAGAGAGAGAAGGAGCGAGAGAGAGACUGAGUUUUCAUACUUCCAGAAAACAAAGCCUUUACAAUAUCACCACUACCUUUCUUUCAACAGAAAAUGGCAACUUUCCCCGUCAUUGACAUGGAGAAACUCAAUGGUGAAGAAAGAGCAAACACCAUGAACAUUAUUCAAGAUGCUUGUGAAAACUGGGGUUUCUUUGAGUUGGUGAAUCAUGGAAUUCCUCAUGAAAUGAUGGACAAAGUAGAGAAACUUACAAAAGAACAUUACAAGAAAAGUAUGGAACAAAGAUUCAAGGAAUUGGUUGCUAGUAAAGCUCUAGAGGGAGUCCAAUCUGAAAUCACUGAUAUGGAUUGGGAAAGCACUUUCUUUUUGCGCCACCUCCCAACUUCCAACAUGUCUGAGAUCCCUGAUCUUGAAGAUAGUUACAGGAAAAUCAUGAAGGAAUUUGUUUUAGGAUUGGAGAAACUAGCUGAGGAGGUUUUAGACUUGUUCUGUGAGAACCUUGGACUUGAAAAGGGUUACCUUAAGAAGGCAUUAUGUGGUUCUAAUGGUCCAACUUUUGGGACCAAAGUUAGUAACUAUCCACCUUGUCCUAAACCAGACCUAAUCAAAGGAUUAAGGGCUCACACUGAUGCUGGUGGACUCAUUUUGCUUUUCCAAGAUGACAAAGUUAGUGGUCUUCAACUUCUCAAAGAUGGUGAAUGGGUUGAUGUUCCUCCAAUGAGACACUCCAUUGUUAUCAACCUUGGUGAUCAACUUGAGGUGAUAACGAAUGGGAAGUACAAAAGUGUGAUGCACAGGGUUAUUGCACAAACUGACGGUGCUAGGAUGUCCAUCGCUUCUUUCUACAACCCUGGCAGCGACGCGGUGAUCUACCCUGCACCCACAUUGACCCAGACAGAAACAGAAGGAGAGAAAAAUCAAGUGUACCCAAAAUUUGUUUUUGAAGAUUACAUGAAACUUUAUGCUGGAGUGAAAUUUCAAGCAAAGGAACCAAGGUUUGAAGCCAUGAAGACAGUGCAAAACAAUGUUGGUAUCUCACCCAUUGCAACAGUUUAAAAUAGAGGUUAAUUACCACCACCUAAUAACUAUUAUCAUCAUGAUCUUAAUUACCUUUUACUGAAAUUAUAGUGUGUUUAUUUGGUCUUAAUCUCUGUAAUGUGUAAGUGUAGUUAUUUUUACUUAUUACCAACGGAGGUUGAUGUUAACAAAAUACUAGUAGUCUUUUGUGAGUGUGUGUGUUAUAUAAAUUUGUAAGGACUAAGUAUUAGUCUCUUUUAUAAGAUUGGAAGUAUGAAGAACAAAAAAAAAAGAUUGACUCUGUAAUGUGUAAGUGUAGUUAUUUUUACUUAUUACCAACGGAGGUUGAUGUUAACAAAAUACUAGUAGUCUUUUGUGA